UCAGUGAAGUGACGACUUCCCAAACAAACAGCAUCAACAUGAACUCUGCUAUCGUGCUAUGUGUGGUCGCACUGGCCGGCAUGGUGCUCGCGCGUCCUGAUGGUGACGGCGACAAGUACACCUCCAGGUGGGACGACGUAGACCUGGACGAGAUCCUCGAGAACGACCAUCUGCUGGUGCCUUACAUCAAGUGCUCGCUCGACGAGGGCAAGUGCGCGCCCGACGCUAAGGAGCUCAAGGGUGAGUCAGUGGAGUUGUUUUGCUCUCAAGUGAAACUAAAUAAUUUUGGUCCCAAGUGUACUGACAAGCAGAAGGAGGGAACCCGCCGCGUCAUCGCUCACCUGAUCAAGAAAAAGCUGCAAGAGUGGGAGAAGCUGAAGGCCAAGUACGACCCCGAGGGCAAGUACGCCAAGAAGUAUGAAAAGGAGCUAGAAGAAGUGAAAAACGCGUAGUUCAAAUAUUACAACAGAUUCAAUGUUCAA